AUGCCUCCUAGGCCUUCUUCUGGUGAAUUAUGGGGCAUCCAUUUGAUGCCCCCCAGGAUCUUUGUGGACUGCUUGUUGCCAAACGGGAUGAUCCUGAUCCUCGAGUGCCUCCGUGAGGCCACGCUCAUCACCAUCAAACAUGAACUGUUCAAGGAGGCCAGGAAGUACCCCCUGCAUCACCUACUACAGGAGGAGAACUCUUACAUCUUUGUCAGUGUUACGCAGGAGGCAGAACGAGAGGAGUUCUACGAUGAAACUAGGAGACUAUGUGAUCUCAGGCUCUUUCAGCCUUUUCUGAAGGUCAUCGAACCGGUUGGCAACCGAGAGGAGAAAAUUCUGAACCGAGAAAUUGGUAAGACUUACUUACUACCCUCCUCUUUGUAAAGAGUAAAAAAACUGUAAAAACAGGCUUAAAUUUAUCUUAGAUAUCUUCUAAAGCAUACAGUAUCAGUAAGUGAGUUUCUUUUGUUUCAGGAUUCGCAAUUGGUAUGCCUGUGUGUGAGUUUGACUUAGUAAAGGACCCUGAGGUGCAGGACUUCAGGAGGAAUAUUCUUAACGUCUGUAAGGAUUCAGUAGAACUCCGAGAUGCCAAUGGACCCCAUAGUCGGGCUUUAUAUGUUUACCCCCCCAACGUUGAAUCGACACAAGAACUUCCAAAGCACAUCCAUGGCAAACUGGACAAAGGUAGGCAUUCUUGUAUUAAUAAAAAUCAAGAAAUGUAAUGUCAAAAUGUCUAAGGCAAAUUUAGUGGGUGUCAAACAACUACCUUUUCUACUUUGUUGAUCUUUGCUACUUUGUCAACCCAUAGGCUGACACAUUAAUAAGCAACAAACAAAAUUAUCCUUAUUCCUUUUCAUGAUAAUCUAUUUCAAGGUUGUUCUCAGCCUGUGUGGAGUAAUGUUCUAAUUAUUCUCUUUUCUGUUGCUUAUUUUAUAGGUCAAAUCAUUGUAGUGAUCUGGGUUAUUGUCUCUCCCAACAAUGACAAGCAGAAAUACACCCUGAAGAUCAACCAUGAUUGUGUGCCAGAACAGGUGAUAGCCGAGGCCAUCAGGAAGAAGACCAGGAGCAUGCUGUUGUCCCCUGAACAACUCAAGAUGUGUGUGCAGGAGUACCAGGGCAAGUACAUCCUCAAGGUGUGUGGCUGUGACGAGUACCUCCUGGAGAAAUGCCCCCUGAGUCAAUAUAAGGUUUGUUGGGCCCUACUGUGCACACAUUGAAGCCUAACAAUAGGUCAGAUUAGGGUCUAUAUUGCUUAAUCAUGUAUCUUAAUUUUAAUCCUAUUCCUUUUCCCUUUCAGUAUGUGAGAAGUUGCAUCAUGCUUGGCAGGAUGCCCAACCUCAUGCUGAUGGCGAAGGAUAGCCUUUACUCUCAGUUACCCAUGGACAACUUCACCAUGCCCUCCUACGCCAGGCGCAUCUCCACCGCCACCCCCUACAUGAACGGAGAGUCCUCCACCAAGUCUCUGUGGACCAUCAACGGCACCCUGCGGAUACGAGUCCUCUGUGCCACAUACGUCAAUGUGAACAUUCGGGAUAUAGAUAAGGUACUCCAUUGGUUAUUGUUUUAGAUCACCUUUUUCUCAUUUGUUUUCUGUUUCUAUACUUGGCUAGCCCUCAACUCCUCUUAUAGCCACUUUUCAGUAAUUCAUUUUUUCUGUAAGACUCCUUGGCGUGAAUGUCAUGCUGCUACUGCUGGUGGUUUUCAGGGUUUUUUGUGUCUAUUCUUCCUGUUGUCCAUGUAGAUUUAUGUGCGAACCGGCAUCUACCAUGGAGGGGAGCAGAUGUGUGACAAUGUGAACACGCAGCGUGUGCCAUGCUCUAAUCCCAGGUAGGACACAGACACACAACACACAUGGUGUCACAGACAGUAUCUCACUCAUCAAGAGACAUCACCAUAUUGUUACUAUUUAUCCCAUGGUAAUGGAGGAGGAGGGUGUGUAUAGAUCUGUGAUAUUAACACUUGUAAUGGGUUCAAGGUGAUUCACUGUGGCUGUGCUUGUCUCCCAGGUGGAACGAGUGGCUGACCUACGACAUGUACAUUCCCGACAUCCCCCGGGCGGCCCGCCUCUGUCUCUCCAUCUGCUCUGUGAAAGGCAGGAAAGGGGCGAAGGAGGUAAGCAUUCAAUUUAAUCGGACACCCCAGACCUUUAAUGAUAUAAAUGAUACCCACUGCCUAGAACAGUGUUAAAUGGUCUUACCUCAAUGGCCCGAGGUGUCCUCUAUGUGGAUGUUGAAUUACUUAUCGACUUGUGGCAUGGAGUGAUCGUGGCUGUGUAACCUAGGCAUGAAGACUGUAACCGACUCCUGGGCUGAGUGAUGUCACCUAAAGGUCGGGGAGAUGGGUUUUCGUGCCCAUGAUGAAUUAGAGAUAAAUGCCUCUAAAGGCCGUCCUUUGUGAGCAACCUACUGUACAGCUUGAAGCCAAUUAACUUGAACUAAAACAUAGUGAGUUUGCUUGCCUACUAUUAUUUUCAAUUCAAUACGACUUUUAAUCCCCAAGGGGCAAUUAGGAUGUUUGUGUUGUUAGUUACACAAGUACCCCAUAUAACAUUCACUCAAGCCUGUAUUCACUAUUGUCUGUGGAAGGAUGGCCAUUCACAAUUUGUGUGUAAAUAACCGAAGCCACCCUUUGACCGUGAUCCUCUCCUCAGGAGCACUGUCCACUGGCGUGGGGGAACGUCAACCUGUUUGACUACACUCACACCCUGGUCUCUGGUAAAAUGGCUCUGAACCUGUGGCCUGUACCCCACGGCCUGGAGGACCUACUCAACCCCAUCGGAGUCACAGGCUCCAACCCCAACAAGGUAAACAUGUUAGUUAGCAUGUUAACAUGACCAGUCUAUGUUUCUGUGAUCCUUAUCAUCAGGGUUUACAGUAUAAUGUCUCUCUCCCACACACAGGAAACGCCCUGUCUAGAGCUGGAGUUUGACUACUUCAGCAGUCCUGUUAAGUUCCCAGACAUGACCACCGUGGAGGGACAUGCUAACUGGACCAUAUCCAGGGAGCUUGGCUUCAACUACUGCCAGUCAGGCCAGGUAAUAGCAUACAUGGAUAUAAAUGGACCUGAUCUGUCAUACAGUUGUAACUCAAGUCAUUACAAACCAUUUAUUAAGACUGUCUAAGGUUUCCGUGCUAAAUGAUGACUCCAUAUAUGGUUGCUGAUGUGAUGUCUGAUUCCCUGCAGAGUAACAGAGUGGCGCGAGACCACGCCUUAACGGACAGUGAUAACGAGCAGCUGAGACAGGUGUGCAACCGAGACCCCCUCUCUGAGAUCACAGAGCAGGAGAAGGACUUCCUCUGGAGGCACAGGUACAGUCAUAACUAGCUCUGUCACCACCAUACAUAAACUUCUAGAGGCCUUGACUAACAUGUCUACUGUCUCUUACUCAUCAGGCACUACUGUGUAAAUAUACCUGAAAUCCUGCCCAAGAUCCUAUUGGCUGUGAAGUGGAACUCCAGAGAUGAAGUAGCACAGGUGACAUAUUUGUUUUUUAAUUACUGAGAUUUUUUUAAAUAAAUAAUAUAAUAAAUAUAUCCUGAAACACUUUUCUGGGCACUCUUGUGGGAAUUGUAUCAUUUUCUGCUGCAGCACUGCUGCUGUGGUGAAGUGACUUGUUUUUCUUUCUCUUAGAUGUAUUGCCUUCUGAAGGAUUGGCCAGCAAUAAAACCAGAGCAAGCCAUGGAGCUGCUGGAUUGUAACUAUCCAGACCCAAUGAUCCGUGACUUUGCGGUUCGGUGCCUUGAGAAGUAUUUGACCGAUGACAAACUCUCUCAGUACCUCAUUCAGUUGGUCCAGGUAGGAUUUAUUUGGCUUUGGCGUCCAGAGAUUGACUUCCUCUCACAUUUCUUUGAUUGUUUGGACUGUUGUCAAAUAUAAAAUGUCAUAAUUUACUGGCUCAUCUCCAUACAGUAUGAAAAUGUAUGCACUCACUAACUGUAAGUCGCUCUGGAUAAGAGCGUCUGCAAAAUGACUAAAAUGUAAAUGUAAUACUCUCUUGUCAGGUUCUGAAAUACGAGCAGUACCUUGAUAACCCACUGGUACGAUUUCUGCUGAAAAAGGCCUUGACUAACCAAAGGAUAGGACACUUCUUUUUCUGGCACUUAAAGUGAGUGACUUAGAGUUACUUUACUGAGUAAAUUCCAUUCCUUUCACAGAGUAGACUGACUGAGUGCUAAUGCCCUUUAACUCAUCCACUUUCACUGUCCACUGUGCCCUAGGUCUGAGAUGCACAAUAAGACAGUGAGCCAGCGGUUCGGCCUGCUGCUUGAGUCCUACUGCCGGGCCUGUGGCAUGUACCUGAAGCACCUGAGCAGACAAGUGGAGGCCAUGGAGAAACUCAUCAACCUCACCGACAUCCUCAAACAGGAGAAGAAGGACGAGACUCAGAAGGUAACCCAGCACUCCCUCUCUCUCCAAUACACCCAUGCUUAUUGUGCAACAUGAUGAUCUGUUAGAGAAUCUCUGCUGUUUCAGCUUACUGUUCCACGUUUCUGUUUCACUUACGAAACUUACAUCAGUGGCUCCGUUUACCUAAUUUCGAGAGAACCGGGCUUCACAUUUCCUUUGGAGGCUCUAUCUUCAUUACAGCCUGCUCUGUGUGGUCCUGCAGGUGCAGAUGAAGUUUCUGGUGGAGCAGAUGAGGAGGCCAGACUACAUGGACGCCUUGCAGAACUUCACCUCCCCCCUCAACCCUGCACACCAGCUGGGAAACAUACGGUGGGCACACCACACUGGCACUCCUAUGCCUUACUCACCCAAUGCCUGAAAAGACACUAUUGAAACUGUAGAUGGGACACUGUUUCAAUGGCUACAAAGGCCAGCAAUCACUCUUUAGUGGCCCUAGUGGUAAUGUUACAUUCAUUUGAUCUAAGAGAGAGAAGGUAACCUGUAGUAAGCAUUCUAGUUCCCCAUCAUAAAGUUCUGCUCAUGUAUGAAAAUGUGAAAUGUUAUCGUAAACCGAUUGUCAACUAAUGUGCUCAGCCACUGGGCCCCUCAGUGCAGACCACUUGCACUCUAACACUUUUCAUGCAAUUGAUCAAUAAAACUAAUGUAGCUGCCUGUGUAGCUUGCCUCUUGUGAUGACUCCCAUUGUUGGCAUGUAUUCCUCAUGGUGAAAUGCCCAGGCUUGAGGAGUGCAGAAUCAUGUCAUCUGCCAAAAGGCCACUGUGGCUCAACUGGGAAAACCCUGACAUCAUGUCCGAGCUCCUCUUCCAGAACAAUGAGAUCAUAUUCAAAAACGGAGACGGUGAGUCUGCGUUAAGUUUUAUAGUCAAACUGCUUUCUAAAUAAUAGUUUUACCUUGUAAUGUUGUACUCUAUUAGUUUGGAUAGAUGGAAUGUAUUUAAAUUCUGCCAUGGAACACUGAAUAUGACUUGUUUGUUUCAGACCUGCGACAGGACAUGCUAACACUUCAGAUCAUCAGAAUCAUGGAGAACAUUUGGCAGAACCAGGGUCUAGACCUCAGGAUGUUGCCGUAUGGCUGCAUGUCUUUAGGUGACUGUGUGGGGCUGAUCGAGGUGGUGCGGAGCUCUCACACCAUCAUGCAGAUCCAGUGUAAAGGUGGCCUGAAGGGGGCGCUACAGUUCAACAGCUCAACACUACACCAGUGGCUCAAAGACAAGAAUAAGGGAGAGAUGUGAGGAAACGAUAUGUUGUGUGGGCGCUUUCCUUCCCGAUUUUCUUUGGUUUGAAAAUUGUAAAUCGUAGUAUUUCACGGCUCAGAUUUGACGUUGUAACUCUGUCUGUAGGUAUGACCUGGCCGUUGACUUGUUUACGCGAUCCUGUGCUGGGUAUUGCGUGGCCACCUUCAUCCUAGGCAUCGGUGACAGACACAACAGUAACAUAAUGGUGAAGGAUGAUGGGCAGGUAGGACCUGAGUUAUCAACAAGAUAUUGUCUUGAUACAUCUUUUUUUGCAAACGCUAUGUAUUAUCUUUUCUAUGCUAAUCUGGGAUGUUUUGCAGCUGUUCCACAUAGAUUUUGGCCAUUUCCUGGAUCACAAGAAAAAGAAAUUUGGCUACAAGCGAGAGCGAGUUCCGUUUGUCCUAACUCAAGAUUUCUUGAUUGUGAUCAGCAAAGGGACCCAGGAGUGCACUAAGACCAGAGAGUUUGAGAGGUAGCCGUCUUCGUUUUCUCCUUCUUGUGUGAAAGGACACAUCUGUGGAUGUCUGUCUAGUGCUUGAAUGUAAAGGUUGUGGAGUUGGCAGACCGCUAGUGUCUACACAGUAGGCAGCUAUUAAAUAACAAUGUGUGCUCUGUCUCCCUGGGUGUCUGAUAGGCUACUGUCUGCCAAUUUUCCAGACCCUCUCCCUUACUUCUGCUUUAACAAAUGUACUGCUAUCUACUGCUAAAUCGACCAUGUCCAGCAGAGACUAUAUAUUUCAAUGUAUGCUUUCAAAGGCUUAUUUUGAGGCUAUAGAGAAUUGAGGGAACAAGGGGAAUGGUAUAUACUGAUUCUUAUGCCUUUUCCCUUCUCCUAUUCUGUUUGUCUCAGAUUUCAGGAGAUGUGUUAUAAGGCCUACUUGGCCAUUCGUCAGCAUGCCAACCUCUUCAUCAACCUGUUCUCCAUGAUGCUGGGCUCCGGGAUGCCCGAGCUGCAGUCCUUCGAUGACAUUGCCUACAUCCGUAAAACGCUGGCCCUGGACAAGACUGAGCAGGAGGCCCUGGACUACUUCAUGAAGCAGAUGAAUGACGCCCACCAUGGCGGCUGGACCACCAAGAUGGACUGGAUUUUCCACACCAUCCGCCAGCACGCGCUUAACUAA